CUUUUCGGCUUUUUUUAUUAUUUCUUUCUCCAUUUUUCCCCCUUCCCUCCCUCCUGCUCUGCUCCUGCCAAAGGGAAAGACUUCUUGCAGAGCAGAGUGACUGUGGAAAGAAAGAGAGAGAGAAAGACGGACAGAAAAAGAAACACAGAGAGAGAAAAGCAGCAUAACAAAAAAAAAAAAAAAAAAAAAAAAAUACAAAAAAGCACUCUCCGUCUCCGACCUUCACAGAGAUCAUUUCCGACUCCCAAACCCUAAAUCAGUAGAAACUAGAAAGAAGAGCUCUGUUCUCUUCUCCAAAUGCAAAAUCUCUCGCAUUACUCUCGCCACCCGAGCAGCGGCGGCACUUCAGCUGCAGCUGCCGCUUCCCUCUCUAAGAACAAGUCCUCCUGCAGCAAUGGCGCCGCCACCAGCUUCGCCUCCGCUUCCAAGUCCGUGUACGACGACGUCUUCGGCGGCCCGCCCAAGUCCGGGCACCCGACGCUCUCGCCUCGGCCUGAGGACUACGCCGAAAUAUUCGGCGCCUUCCACGCUCCACGCGCCUCCUCGAUUCCCGUGCUCGAUCUUCCUUCCGUCGACGGCGAGGCCGAAAUGUUCUUCGAUGUACGGAGCUCCGGUUUCGACUACCGGGAGGUGUUUGGAGGGUUCAGCUCCCCGGAUUUCGCCGUCUCUUAUGAUGAGUUGGUGAGGAUGGACCGUUCAAAUGCCGGCCGCGGCUGCUCCUCUUCAGACGAGGCUUGGACUCCAGAAGGUGCUGAAUAUCUCUCCGAAGAGUCGGACGAUCCUGCAAAAGAUCAUUUCAUGUCCAAUGGUGAUUUUUACGAUCCAGUUGAUGGUAGCCUGGAGUUCAAUAUAUCCUAUCACAAUGCCGCCCAAACAAGCAAUGGAGAUUUGCCUAAUGGGACUACCCAUGUAGCUCCCCUGCACCAUGCAUUUCCUGGGUACGCAGUUAAGGUUGAAAAGUCUAGUUCAUUACAGCCUGAUGAUGAAUACCCAGCUCUGCUGGUCAGCGAUGAUGGUCAUCUGAAUAUAGACUUCAGUGGAGAAAUGUUGAACGGAAGACAUCUUAAGAAGACAAUGUCACACCCGUCUUUCGUGGCGUCUGCUGGAACUGACAUUAGGCCUCAAAAAGAGUAUAAUAGAAAUAUCUCUCUUCCCGGUAGCGAGUUUGUGACAAUCACAGAAUUCAGUUUGCAAACCGAGCCCUCUCACUUGCCACCACCUGCUAGACCUCCACCUCCACCUGCAGUAGAUGUCAAAAUGAAGACUUCUGAUAAGCUGGGUGUUCCGAGUCAUAAAGUUGCUGCUCAUGAACAUAUCUCAAGUGAUUGUUCUCCACCAUACUUUGAUGUAGAGGUUGAUGCAAGUUCAGCUGCUGCAGCGUCUGCAGCUGCCAUGAAAGAGGCGAUGGAGAAAGCUCAAGCAAAGCUCAAGAGUGCAAAGGAAUCAUUGGAGAGGAAGAGAGAUGGCAGUCAUAGACGUGCUGGAUCGGGGUCCAGAACUGGAAGACGAGACACGGAAGGUAAGGGACCCAAAGUGGCUGGUGGAUUAGGGAUUGCAAAAGACGAGCAUGCGCAUGGAAAAGAGGAGAAUGGAGGUGAAUUUUUCAGCUUAACUGAGACACAAGACUUGGAGAAGAAAACUGAUCCAGUCUCAGAUUCCUUACAUGGGAACAGGGCUAAUGCUUUACCCAGAACUGCUGAAGAGAUGAAUGAUAGGGCAUCUUUAUCCUCUCAAGGCUAUGAUGACAUAGACGGAGGUGAAUGGAAAGAAGCUGCACAUUUUUUUGAGCUGGUGCGGGAGAAAUUUGACAAGCCUUCUGGCCAGGCAAACGAUGAAAACGUUCCAUUACAGAACAUAAAUGCCAAUGGGCAUGAAAAGAAAGGGAAAAAGGUGGCUGCUGAUGUACUGGAGCAUCAGUGUGACUGGAAUGCGAAACAAGGGAAGGUGGAUUCCACCAUUGCUGGGCAUGGGAAAAAACUAGAUAUGUCAAAUGAAGAGAAACGACGUCAAAUAACUCAAGAGGCUCCCACCCGAGUAGAGAAUGACAAGAAAUCUAGAAAGCACUGGCAGCGGCCUGUCGAAACUGGAAAUAAACAUUCUAGAGGCGAUGGAUUAGUAAAGCACCAGAGUGCAGUAGAUAUUCAAUUGAAGGAAAGUACUCUGGGAUCAAAACAUGUUAUGAAGCAUAGAGAAGAAGAAGAGUUGCUACCAAAAUGGGUUGGUAAAGUCUUGGAGGGGGAGAUAAAAUUUGACCAGGACAGAGAAGAUUUCCAACAGGAACAGAUUCAAAAUUUUGAGAUUCCUGUAGAGGAGAAAAACGUCAAAGUGUUACUUGAGCAGGAAGUGACUGAGAAGAAACAGAAGGAGGGUAAAGAAAGGGAGAAAAAUGAGAGAAAACGAAAAGAGGCUCUCCUAAGGGAGGAAAAUGAAAGAAGGUUGAUUGAAGAUCUUGAGCGUCUAGACAACGAAAGGAGAAUACAAGAGACUAUUGAGCUGGAAGAAAAUGAAAGGAAACUAAGAGAUUUAGCAAUCGAGCUGGCAGAAAGUGAAAGGAAAUGUAAAGAGACUCUUGAGAAGGAAGAAAAUAUGAGAAAAGCGACAGAGGCUAUUGAACAAGCAGAGAAUGACAAGAAAAAGAGGGAAGCUAUUGAACGGGCAGAGAAUGACAAGAAACAAAUAGAGGAAAAUGAGAAUCGACGGGCCGAGGCUCUUGAGAAGGAAGAGGAGUCGAGAUCAAGAGUUGGGUCUGCCGAAUCAGAAGAUAUGGAGAAGGAACAAGAAGAGGUAGAGGUUUUAAGGGGAGAGGAAAAGGUAAAUGAAACGUUUGAACAGAAACAGAAGGGGAAGAUACACAAGGAUGCAUUCGAGAUAGAGGAAGUGGAGAACCCACUUGAGGAGGCAGUUAAUGAAGCACAGGUUGUAGAGGACAUAACUGAAGAGUUUUAUAAUGUGGAACUGUUACAGAAGCUGGAUGAGGUAAUCAAAGAAACGACAAUCAGCCCACCUCAGGAAGUAGAAGACAGCCAACCAGUACGAGAAGCAGAAUGUGAGACUAGUCAACUUGGAUGCAUCUCAGAAGAAGAUGAGUGUGAAGAGGUGAUGAUGAAGCAUAAAAGUAUGGGUGAUAGUGAAUCAGAGGAACCUCACAGUUUCCAGUACCCAGCAUUUAAACUGAGAGAAGAUAAGAAGCUUGAAGAAGCAGAGGUACCUAUUGGAAAACCGGGAGUAUUUUGUUAUGGAGUAAAUGAGAAGACACCUAGUGAUCCAGAACUUGGCAGGAAAUCGACCGUUGGGAAGCAUGAAAUCCUUGAGCAAGGCCAAACAGAAUUGUCAGCUGAAGACAGCGAUACUAAGAACAAAGCUCAGUGCGAUAUACCAACAGAUGCUGCAAAUUUUAGAAAUGCAGCGUCGGUGACGGGGAACAUGUUUGCAAAUGACAAGGUCGAAAGGGAAAAGAACGCGAACAAAGAAGAGACUAGGGAUGAUUCCCCUUCAGCAAGAGAGACGAUUGACGGUGGAAUUAAAACAGAGGGCACUCAGCCGCUUGCAUCCUCAGAAGUUCAAGGAAGCACCAAAAGAACAGCUCAGCAAGCUAAUGUCAGUCAAACCAUGGAAAGAAAAGUGAAGAACCUUAACCAACCUGCUCCAUCAGACGGCAUAGAAGCUGCACGGUUGAAAAGAGAGAAAGAUUUGGAAAUGGAACGUCUUAGAAAGAUGGAAGAAGAGAGGGAAAGGGAAAGGGAAAGAGAGAAGGACAGGAUGGCUGUCGACAGGGCAAUACUUGAAUCUCGUGAGAAGGCGUAUGCUGAAGCCCGCGAGAAGGCAGAGCGAGCAGCUGUGGAAAGGGCAAUGAACGAGGCCCGUGAAAGAUUGGAGAAGGCAUGUGCAGAAGCUCGGGAGAAAUCCUUAUCCGAUAAGACAGCAGGAGAUCCCAACAAAUUUAGGGCUGCAGAGGCUCGAGGACGGGGGUUUGAAAGAGCCAGGACUGAGAAGACUGCUUCUUUCGGGGGGAACAAUGGGAGGCAAAGCUCUUCUUCUUCCUCCGAGGCACAGUUCCAGAACGCAACCACAGCUAAUGGGUACAGAAACACAUUUUCGUCGGCUCACAAUGGUUCCAAUCGUGGCGAGAGAUCUGAAGCAGUUGAAGGUGAAUCGGCUGAAAGGUGUAAAGCUAGGUUAGAGCGAUACAGGAGAACAGCUGAUCGUGCGGCAAAAGCUUUGGCGGAUAAGAACAUGCGUGAUGUUCAGGCUCAAAGAGAACAAGCUGAGAGAAAUAGGUUGUCGGAAGCGCUGGAUGCUGAGGUUAAGAGGUGGUGUAGCGGGAAGGAAGGGAAUUUGCGCGCAUUACUUUCAACCUUGCAAUAUAUUCUGGGGGCCGAUAGCGGUUGGCAGCCAAUACCACUGACGGAAGUAAUCACAGCAGCUGCAGUAAAGAGAGGUUACAGGAAAGCCACUCUGUGCGUUCAUCCCGACAAAUUACAACAGCGCGGUGCAAGCAUUCAGCAGAAGUACAUAUGCGAGAAGGUCUUUGAUCUCCUCAAGGAAGCUUGGAACAGAUUCAAUUCAGAGGAGAGGUAGCCUUCCCUGUAAAGAGCGGUUGGGGCUGCGGGGUGGGUGAUCAUCUUCCCCCAUUUUGUAAAUUCAUUUCUCUGGUCGUAGGUAAAACAAGUAAAUAUACAUAUAUUUAUCAAGAUACGUGUGUGUAAUGUCGAUUUCGAAAUGGUCAAUGGACAGACAAUAGGAACUGGAAAACGAAAAUCAAAUGCCAGAGGGAAAGGAAAGCCGCCCAAAUUCACCGGUUGAUUUGUGGUAAAAUGUCUUGCAGGCUUAACCAAGUCCUUUAUUUUCUCUAUACUGUUUUAGCGGUUUUAUUUGACCUGCUGUUCAUAAUAAAAUUCACUUAAUUAGUUAAUUAUAAAAGAUAUUCUGUACG